AUGACAUAAAUUUUUAUAAAUAAAAACAGUCCUGUUUGUCAGGAUGUUCCUCAAAUGUCUUACAAAAUAUAAGUUGAAUUAAGUUCAGCUUAAAAUUUUGCCAGAAAUCUUUUAAAUAUAAUUUGA